GAGGGCAGCUUGCCAGGGCCUGAGAUAUAAAGGCAGGACCUGACGCUGUCCCAUCAGUUGUUGCCGCACCUCGAAGGAUCUGAACACUUCCGUCCGUCCAUCAGUCUGAAAUCGUCGGUUUUUAUUUCAGCAAAGAAGGCAAGACAAGGAGCCAUGCCACGUCUCCUUCUGCCGUCACUCCUCCUGGCGACUCUGGUGGCGUGCCUUCUGCCACAGGGAGAGGCCGCCCCGGGGCACUACGGCUAUGGACACCGUGGGUACUGGGGACGACGCCCUUCCUACUCCCGCUACUAUUAUUACAGGAAGCCCCAGCACCGCCCCACCUACUCCUACUACUCCCCGCCCAACAGAUACCCUUCAGGAGUGGGCGGCCAUAUCCACGGGAGCCUGGGAGUGGAUCACGGAGGCCAAGGGCACGGCAGCGGGUCAGGGAGUGGAUCAGGGAGUGGACACGUGCAUAAUGGUGGAGUACUGGAUGAUUUUGGUGGAGUAGAUAGGCCAGGAAGUGACUUGGGUGGCGUAGGUGUAAGUGGUAGUGAUCUCGGUGGAGUAGGGAGUGAUCUAGGUGGAGUUGGGGGUGACUUUGGUGGAGUAGGGGGUGAUUUCGGUGGAGUGGACAGGCCAGGGAGUGAUUUAGGGGGAGCAGGUGGAGUAGGGAGUGACUUUGGUGGAGUGAACAGGCCAGGGAGUGGAAGUGGAGUGGAUGGCGGAGAAGGACAAGGGGGCGAGGAGCAGUUUGUCAUCCCUGACUUAUUCAUCAGAUCCAACGUCCCAGCAGUGGCGAAGAAUUAAAAGGAAAUAAGAAUGACACCCACUCCUCCUCCUCCUCCUCCUCCUUCUCCUCGACCUUCGCCACGACCUCUACGAAUGAGUGAAAAAAAGAAGAAUGAAGAACAAGAAUGACAAAAACAAAACAAUGGAAUAGUAUGCGACACGGAAAGAAAAUUUAUCUGUUUGUGUAAUAUUCUGAUAUGCUCUCUCUCUCUCUCUCUCUGAUCUUAGAAAUAAACGUAUUCGUAAUUUUG